AUGUUGCGGCGCAACCGUCACCUAGCAACCGCUGUUAUGGCAACAUCUGUGGAGACGGCGGAUCCUCGAUGUCGUCUGCGGGUGGCUCAGCAAGGAGCGGGUCCUCGCCGAAGAGGCGUGCAAGGGCGCGAAACUUGGACCUUGAGCGGCCCCAGAGCACCGCAAAGCGCUCUCUCUCGUCCGCCGCCAGCGCAUAUAGCGCCCUUAGGAAGGCCAGGACCAGCAAGUAGAGGGGCUGUGCGUGAUGGUAGAGGCGACGGUCCAGCUACCGGAAGGUGGUGCAGACGCCUUCUUGGCGGUGCUCAAGGUGAUGACGUCUUUGCAAGGUGUGGAAUGCCCCCAGUGGGGGUUUGGGGGCGGACGGAGCCGUCUUACAUGCAGCAGGUACAGCAGGGCACGCUUAGUGAAUACACUGUUUAUUUGCGGGACGGACGAGUAUGGGACGGCGACGGAGACAAAGGCGCUGGAGCAGAAAGUGACGCCGAAGGAGCUAUGCGACAAGUACCACAAAGUCCACUACGAUGUCUACAAGUGGGGUGUUUUCUGCUAACGGAGGCCCAGGAUUGCGUCAGGUAUUUUUAUGGAUCUACACAGGAACGGAUUUUUGGAGGAAAAGACGAUACGGCAGUUGGCUCGUGUCCAAAGUGUCUGUACGAGGGCCAGGAUGCACGCGGUGAUCAAUGCGAUUCGUGUGGCCAGCUGCUUGAUCCUUUUGAAUUGAAAGAGCCAAAGUGCAAGUUGGACGGUGAAGCGCCCGUGGAGCGUGAAACCAAACACAUAUUCAUGCUGCUGAACAAGCUGCAACCUCAGGUCGAGGCCUGGGUCAAGGUGUCUUCUGAGGCGGGGAAGUGGUCGGCUAACGGUAUUUCUAUUACCUCAAAUUUUCUGAAGAUGGGGCUUGAGCCCCGCUGCAUCACCCGUGACUUAAAGUGGGGGACGCCGGUUCCGACAGAAGUCCCUAAUAUGGAGGGAAAAGUGCUUUACGUGUGGUUCGAUGCUACGAUUGGCUAUAUUAGCAUUACCGCUAAUUACACUGAGAAUUGGAGUGAAUGGUGGAAUAACCCAGAGAAUGUCCAGUUGUACCAGUUUAUGGGGAAGGACAAUGUUCCUUUCCAUACUAUUAUUUUUCCGGCAACACUGAUAGCCACAAACAAGAAGUGGACUAUGCUCCACCAUCUUAGCACAACCGAGUAUCUUAAAUACGAAGGCGGCAAGUUCUCCAAGUCAAGAGGGGUCGGUGUCUUUGGAGAUAAUGUUCAGAAAACGAAUAUACCGUCCUCCGUGUGGAGAUAUUAUCUUUUAGUAUCUCGUCCCGAAGUCUCGGAUACGAUGUUUUCGUGGGCCGAGUUUAUUCAAAGGAACAAUUCCGAGCUCCUUGCCAAUCUUGGCAACUUUGUUAACCGUGUUGUUAAGUUUGUCAAUAUGAAGUAUGGGAGUCUUGUCCCCAGUUAUAUUCAGCACCCCUACACUUUUGACAACGGUUCUGGCGACGAUGCUUUCCACGGCUCGUCUAGUGAUCACUUGUGUUUUCUUGAGCUCCAUCGGGACAUCAACAGGAUCCUCGUUCAAUAUAUAGAGCAUAUGGAUGCUGUGAAGAUUCGCUACUCUCUGAAGCUUGUUUUCGACUUUUCCUCUCGUGGCAAUCUUUUUCUUCAGACCAACCGCCUUAACAAUGCUCUCUUUGACGGCAAUCCUCAACAUUGUGCUGAUGUCAUUGGCUAUAUGGUCAACCUUAUCUACCUCAUUUCUGCCUGUAUAGCACCCUUCAUGCCCUCAACCUCAAGAUCUAUUGCUGACCAGCUCAAUGUCCCUCAGAGGUCUAUCCCUGAUACUUGGACUCUCGAUAUUCUUCCUGGUCACCGGAUCAAUAAAGCGUUCGUUUGUCUUUGUUUGUUUAUUGCUGACUCUUUUAGUUAUCAUCUCUUUUCUCGGAUCGACGAGAAAAUGGCUGAUUUUUGGAGAGAUUCUUUUGGUUCCUCUUGA